UUUUCAAAUUUACUGUCAGCCGCCCUAAGGAUUCAUCCACUACACAUCUACAAAAACCGGCCCUGUAACAACACAGAUAUAGAGGCAUAUGAAUAGUUACUGAAUCAAUGCUGCUUGGCCAGGUGAUUCCCGGCUGAUACAGGAUCAGUAAACGAUUCACCACAUGAAGAAGCUGAUCGAAUGUUACUUUUCUGCUUUAACUCUUUAUUAUGAAGAACGUCAUUACGAUUACUGUAAUAAUUGCUCACAGUAUUUUGGUCUUGAAUGGCCAACAACCGAGAAUCCGCGGCAGCAAUGGCGGCAAACGAUUGAUAAUAGCACCGCAGAAUGAGGGUACAUCAGAAAAUGUAUAUUCACAAAACAACAAAUGUGGCGCACGGACUUUUCGGUGUAAAAAUGGUGAAUGCGUAGCACAUGAUUUAACAUGCGAUGGACGAGCAGACUGUCGAGAUGAGACUGAUGAAACUUAUGUAGAAUGUAGUAAAAAAGAAUGUUCUUCUUUUCAAUUUCAAUGUUCCUAUGGUGCAUGUGUAGAAAGAAAUGCAGUUUGUAAUGGAAUAAAAGACUGUGUUGACAAUAGUGAUGAAACAUUAUCAAUGUGUGCCUUACAUAAUUCAUCUACACUUUGCCCAAUGUACUCUUUUAGAUGUAAUGAUGGACUCUGUAUUCCAGAAUAUAAGUUAUGUGAUGGUAGAUCUCAUUGUACAGAUAAUUCAGACGAAACAUCUUUUCAAUGUGGAAGCAUCAGAUGUUCAGAAACUGAUUUUCGUUGUUCCUAUGGUGCCUGUAUUUCUGCUAAUUUAAGAUGUGAUGGAGAUAUAAAUUGUGCUGAUGGUUCGGAUGAAAAUCCCACACUCUGUAGAAAUAAAUUCAUAACACGUCCAUCUCGUUUACCAGUUUUUACUAUUCCAGAAGGAACUUCAUCUGCUAUAUUACCGCUUUCGAAUUCUGCACCCUGUAACUCAUAUAAUGCAUCUACACCAUGUUCAAAGAUUGCAUUUAGUUGCAAUGAUGGACAAUACAUUCCAGCACGUGCUUUGUGUGAUGGUGUUAUUGAUUGUGCAGAUAAUUCAGAUGAAAUAUUUCAUCAAUGUAAAAAUAUCAACUGCUUAGGGAAUGAUUUUCACUGUUCCUAUGGUGCCUGUAUUUCUGCUAAUUUAAAAUGUAAUGGUGUUAACAAUUGUGCAGAUGGAUCAGAUGAAGAUCCAGUACUCUGUAGAAGUACCACAACAACAACAACAACAACAACAGUACCUUAUCCAUUAUUAUUUCAAAAUUAUUCAAAAGAACCUGUAUCUCCUGCACCACCUACUUGGUCUUCUGCAACUUGUAUUGUACCAGCUCGACCAGAAAAUGGAUACAGAAAAUUACAUAAACCACACUGUUGUGAUUCCACAGAUAGUUCUCGAUCAUGUGAUUAUUGCGACGUUCCUGAAGGUACUAUAAUAACACCAGGAGAACAUUUAGUUUACAGUUGCAAUUCUGGUUAUAAGCUUAAAGGUGAUGAUCGUGUAUUUUGUACUUGGAAUGGUGAAUUAUUAGAUAUUCCAUAUUGUAUAGAAAUACGGUGUGAAUCCUUAGAAUCAAAUUCAAGAAGUGCUACGUGUCGAUACAGGGGCGACUACAUAUCAUGUCAAACUUCUGCUCUGCCUGAUACAGAAGCGAGCUUAAAAUGUCGUAAUAGUUAUCGCCAAGAUACAACAUUGCUAUCAACAUCAAAAGUUACUAGAUGUAAUAAAACUGGCCAAUGGGAACCGAAACCAAUACAGUGUGUUCCAGAAUGUGGUAUACCAAAUACAAACUAUGUUCCACUUAUUGUAAAUGGAACUCAAGCUAACAUUAAUGAAUUUCCAUGGCAUGGUACACUCUACAAACAAAAUAGACGUAAUGGGCCAAAAGAAUUUCUUUGUGGAACAACUAUCAUUCAUGAAAAAUUUCUCAUUACAGCAGCACAUUGUGUGGCUGAUGAGACUAACCCCUCAAAAUAUUAUGUAGCAACAGGCAAUAUCUAUAGAGAUUAUGAUUCGAGUUUACAUCAUUCAACAGUAGUGAAGAAAUCUAAAGUAAAGAACAUAUAUGUUCCAUGUAAUUAUAGAGGACUUGAAGGAAAUUAUGCUGAGGAUAUAGCUAUAAUAGAGAUUAUGGAACCAUUUGCAUUUUCAUCAGUAUUAGUACCAAUAUGUUUAGAUAUUACUAAAGAUCUGCUCUUAUUAGAUGUGGGAGAUUAUGGUAAAGUAGCAGGAUUUGGAAAAACAUCUUUAGGGACAAGCAGUUACAUCUUACAAACAAUUACAGUUCCAUAUAUUUCUAAAUCUGAAUGCAGAUCUGCAAGUUCUACUUAUGAUACUGCAAAAUUUAUCACAUCUGAUAAAUUUUGUGCAGGUUAUACAAAUGGAACAUCAGUUUGCGAUGGUGAUAGUGGUAGUGGAUUAAUUUUUAAAAGAGGUGGUGUAUGGUACUUAGGAGGUAUUGUUAGUGUUAGCAUUAGUACAAAACAACAAGGAGGAACUACAACUUGUAACAGCCAUGAAUAUACUUUAUAUACAUCAGUUUCUGAACACAUAUCAUGGAUUCAGGAUCUCAUUCAGAAGUUAGAAACACGUAAACCAAUUCCACCAUGUUGAUGGAAAAUAUAAAAAUGAUAAAUUAUAUAAAUAUGACCUAUAUAUUCACAUUAUUAUAUUCAGAAUGUUUUCAUAAUAUGUUGUUAAGGUCCAAACAUGUCUUAUUGAUUGUAAGAACAAAAAAAAUCAUAUAAGAAUCGAUGCAUAAAUGCUAUAUUUUCAAGCUAUAGAUGUUCAAAGAUCUCUGCUAGAAGAAAUUUUUGAAUGAUAAAUCAAAUAUGUAAAUAUGAACCUAAUCUAGUCAAACAUGUUUGCAUUAAAAGCAAUAAAAAACAAUGGAAUAAAAGUAUUAACCCUCUGCACUUGAUUUAUUUUCAAAGUUGUUGGGUGUUGUCACCUUCUGCAUGACAUAUGAGUGCAAAGGGUUAAAAAUACAUAAGAAAUAUUCAAGAAAUCUUGGAACAGAUAUGAUUUUUCAAUAUAUUAUAAGAUUGUAUCUCAGUCAGUAAAAAAUAUUUUAUUUGAUACUUCAACUUGAAUGACUACAACUUCAAAACAAAGCAUUUUUAAGUCUACUGAAAACUUAAAGGCUGAUUUUUCUAUAGCUGGAAUAAAGUAACAUAUAAACUACAUUAUGUUAUAAAUAAUAUGUUUAGCAAAUGAUACAAGAUAUUGAAACAUUUGUAUAUUAUAUAAUGUAU